UUUCACCACAGAUUUUGGGACUUGCGUUGAUUUAUCUUAUCGGUCACGUACGCGAUAAGCUUUAUCAAAGUUUAUAUAAACUUGGUGGACAGCCAAAAUUGCAGUUGUGUUUGCAAUUAUUUUGGGACAUCAACAUGGAUCGCAGCAGUCCCCAAACCGUUCUACUCGCUCUACUGAGUGUUUUGCUUAUCGGCGGCUGUCAAGGUGGAAAUAUACUGGGAGUAUUUACAAGUAUAAGUCCCUCACAUUUGAUUAUACACAUGUCGAUGGCAAAAGUUUUGGCUGAGAAUGGUCAUAAUGUGACUGUUGUAACAGUUCUAAAACCUUCUGUCAAUCACAAAGAUAUCACUGUUGUGCAGAUUCCCAUGACCGAGGAGGAGCAUAAAAUAAUGAGUGCAACAAUGUCACAUCUUGCCAGCAAAGACAACGGCAAUAUGGUUAUUUCCAUGUUUCGUUCAAUGGGUCGUAUGCAAUUUAUGAUGGACAAAAUGCGGGAUAUCAUGAAAGAUCAGCGUGUGAAGGAUCUUUAUGAAAACAAGAACAAUAAGUUCGAUUUAGUAUUGUUGGGCUACUUCCUCAAUACUUAUCAAUUGGGAAUUGCACACAAAUUAAAAGCUCCCAUUGUGAUAGCUGCCUCUAUGCCGCCCAAUGAAUUAUUUAAAAGUAUUGUUGGCAAUCCCUCAGCAGCUUCAUUUGUUCCGGCAAUGAAUAUGGCAGUCGAAAGGGGUGAGGUAAUGACGUUUGUGCAACGAAUUCAAAACUUCUUCACAAAUAUUGCCAUGGAAGUAUUUAUUGCAAUUAUUAAGAACUAUAACGCCAACUCAUACAAAGAGAUCUAUGGCGACGAUCCAAAUAUGCCCGCCUUUGAAGAGUUGGGCAAAAAUGUAUCGCUCGCUUUUUUCACCUCACAUGCACUCAGCGAGGGACCCAUUAGACCCAAUGUUCCAGCAGUUAUUGAAGUGGGUGGUAUUCAGAUAACGGACAAACCGAAUCCGUUACCCAAACAACUUGCCGAGUUCCUAAGCAAUGCUGACAAUGGUGCUAUUCUCCUCUCGUUGGGAUCCAAUGUGAAAAGCUCACAUUUAAAAUCCGACACAAACAACAAAAUAUUCAAUGUGUUGUCGAAGCUGAAACAACGUAUCAUUUGGAAAUGGGAAGACCUCGAUAAUACUCCUGGCAAAUCGGAUAAUAUUCUAUACUCGAAGUGGCUGCCUCAAGAUGAUAUUUUGGCCCACCCUAAUAUUACACUCUUUAUCACACAUGCGGGAAAAGGAGGCAUAACAGAGGCGCAGUAUCAUGGAAAACCAAUGUUGGCGCUUCCCAUAUUUGCUGAUCAACCUAGCAAUGCUUUGAGAAUGGUGAAAUAUGGAUUCGGUCUCAGUUUGAGUCUGCUGACUCUUGAGGAAGAGCCCUUUAAAGAAAGUCUGACUGAACUCCUGGAGAAUCCUCAUUAUACACAUAAAGUAAAGACUUUCUCCGCUUUAUAUAGGGACAGACCUAUUUCUGCACGAGAAAGUGUUCUUUUCUGGUGCGAGUAUGUAAUGCGUCAUCAUGGAGCCCCUCAUCUUCAGAGUCCGUUGCUAAAAAUGAAUUACAUAGAGGCCAACAACUUGGAUGUUCUCGCAUUGCUCGUUGUGAUAAUAAUUGUUUUUAUCUACAUUAGCAAGUACGUGAUAUCUGCGAUAAUAAGAAAGCUCAAAGAAAAACCGAAAAAUACUAAUAAAAUAAAAAAACAUUAG